GCUGUCAGGUCGAGCUACCUCCUUCUGCACAUGUAUGCGACCUCUAAAACUGUGAGUUUAUAGUUUGUUUGGGGUUCAUAUAUGCACGACAGAUGACAAUGCUUCUUCUGAGGAGAGCUGCGCAGGCGGCGCUGCGGACAAACCACUGCAGGUCGUUUUCUGCGUCACAGACUCACCUGAACGGGAGAAAAGGUCUGGUGCUGGGAGUGUUUGAGAAGGAGGGAGAGGAGGGCGGCCUUCAUCUGACUGAAGCAGCUGCAGGUUUUGACCAAACUCUGUCUGGAAAACUCUCUGAACUGCUGAAAAUCUCUGGACCAGCUCUGAAAAAAGGCAAAAGCAGAAUAUUUUAUGGCAUCCACAAGGACUUCCCGUGCGUCGCCGUCGUCGGGCUGGGUAAGAGCAGCGCAGGUGUGUGUGGGACAGAGAACUGGGACACCAGCAAGGAGAGCAUCAGGCAGGCGGUGUCAGCUGGCUGCCGGUUACUUCAGGACCUGGAGGUGAACCAUGUGGAGGUGGACGCCUGCGGGGAUGCCCAGUCAGCAGCAGAAGGUGCCGCUCUGGGCUUGUUUCAGUAUGACCAACUCAAAUCCAAGAAGAAGACCAAAGUGACCACGCAGCUCUAUGGAAGUGCUGACUCGGUCGGUUGGGAGAAAGGAGUCAUGUAUGCAGAAGGACAAAACCUGGCGCGGCUUCUCAUGGAGGCUCCGGCCAAUCACAUCACUCCUACUGUUUUUGCCAACACCAUCGAAGAGAAGCUAGCGCCGCACGCUGGACGAGUCACAAUAAAUAAGAGAUGUCAGGCUUGGAUAGAGGAGCAACAGAUGGGGGCCUUUCUUAGCGUCUCUAAAGGUUCAGAGGAGCCCCCUGUCUUCCUGGAGAUACAUUACAACGGUUCUGCUGACAGCAAGCAGGCCCCGCUGCUCUUAGUGGGCAAGGGCAUCACCUUUGACAGUGGUGGUAUUUCUCUGAAGCCGUCUCCUUCUAUGGAUGCAAUGAGAGCUGAUAUGGGUGGAGCUGCCACCGUGUGCGCGUCCAUCGUCACAGCAGCAGCGCUGAAACUGCCCGUCAACAUCGUUGGUCUGGCUCCCCUGUGUGAGAACAUGCCCAGUGGAAAAGCUACGAAACCAGGUGAUGUUGUCACAGCAAAAAACGGAAAAACAAUCCAGGUUGAUAAUACAGAUGCUGAAGGCCGCCUGGUUCUCGCUGAUGCCCUGUGUUAUGGACACACCUUUAACCCCAGAGCUAUUGUCAAUGUUGCGACGCUAACAGGUGCGAUGGAUGUUGCUCUUGGCUCAGCAGCAACUGGAGUGUUUACAAACUCUGACUGGCUCUGGGAGCAGCUGCACAAGGCAAGUGUUGUGACAGGUGACCGAGUGUGGCGGAUGCCUCUGUUCCAGCACUACACCAGGCAGGUGACUGACAGCCAGCUGGCUGACCUCAACAACAUCGGCAAGUACAGCCGUUCUGGUGGAGCCUGCACAGCAGCUGCAUUCCUGAGAGAGUUUGUCACAGCUCCUCAUUGGGCCCAUCUGGACAUCGCUGGGGUGAUGAGUAACAAAGACGAGAUUCCCUACCUGAGAAAAGGCAUGUCUGGAAGACCGACACGCACGCUGGUGGAGUUUGCUGCUGGACUGGCCCACAGCGGCUGAGAGAUUGACACGACACCAGACCGGACACAAGACUCUCUGACUGGGAGCUUCCUUCUGCAGGAUUCAACAGUGAUCUGUCAGCACACAACGUGACAGCUGUGAUGUUUACAUACAGCUAAUGCAUCAGUCUUAGAGGUUUUUGAGAUGCUUUUCAAGGAGAUUCAUGUUUAGUGUCUCCCCAUGCUGUUAUUUUAGUUUAAAAAGCCUGAAGCUCUGCAGUAGCUACAUAAUUUACAUAAUUUAUAUGUUGUAUAAAUAAACUGGAAAAUUUGAAUUAUGUCUGAUACAUUUAUUAUCUCCUUGGCUUUGUUGUCGACACAAUACAGAAUUGGGAAACCCAAACAU